AUGGCUAUACCAGAUUAUAAAUUGAGUACUGUUUUAUGUGGUCAUUCAAUGGACGUAAGAUGUGUCGCAACUACCAAAGAAUUUUGCAUAUUAUCAGCAUCUCGAGAUAGAACCGCUAAACUGUGGCACCCGGAAGGGGUGAAGGAUUUUAUCAAUGUAGUUACUUAUCAGGGGCAUAACAACUUCGUGUCGUGUGUUUGUUGGCUUCCACCUUGUGAGGCAUUCCCUGAUGGCUUAGUUAUUACAGGAAGCAACGAUAAUACAAUCUUAGGCUAUAAUUUGCAAGACGGGGCUGUUCAGAUAAAUUUAAAAGCCCAUGAUAAUACUGUAUGCAGUGUUACACCAGGACGUGAUUCUGGAAUUCUUAUAAGUUCAAGUUGGGAUAAUACUGCCCGAAUAUGGAAUAUUAACAAUCCUCAAAUGGCACCAAUAAUACUUAAAGGGCAUCAAGCUGCUGUUUGGGCAGCUUUAGAACUUGGUAAUGGAACUUAUGCAACAGCCUCAGCUGAUAAAAGUAUAAAACUAUGGCGAAAAGAUGGAGGCCUCAUUGUUUCACUUGCAGGACAUACAGAUUGUGUGCGUGAUUUAGCAGUUGCAAAUGCAGAAACAUUCCUCAGUUGUUCUAAUGAUGCAUCUAUCAGAUUAUGGACAAACAGUGGUCAAUGCCUUAAUACUUACUAUGGUCACACAAAUUAUAUUUAUAGUAUCACAACUAACCCAAGCUUACCACAAGGCUUCGCUAGUUGUGGGGAAGACGGAUCUAUACGUAUUUGGGCGGCGGGUGACUGUGUGCGCGAAUUGAAAUUGCCAGCACAUUCUGUUUGGAGUCUCACUUGUCUUGAUAAUGGCGAUAUUGUUACUGGUUCGAGUGAUGGUUUAGUGCGAGUAUUCUCAAAAGACCCUGCAAGAUAUGCAGAUGAAGCAACUCUGAAGCAAUUUGAAGAAGAAGUGCAAAAAAUGCAGGCAGCCGCCGAACAAGAGAUAGGAGGGUUUAAGCUAUCGGAAUUACCAGGUCCCGAAGCUUUAUUAGAGCCUGGCAAAUCCGACGGGCAAACAAAAUUAGUGCGUCGAGGGACGAAUGUGAAAUGUUAUUCUUGGAGUGCAGCAGAAAGUACAUGGAAUGAAAUAGGAGAUGUAAUGGGAGCGAACCCUCCCAGUGAGGGCAAGACUAUGUAUCAAGGGCAGGAGUACGAUUUUGUGUUCAGUGUCGACAUUAAAGAUGGCGCACCACCUCUCAAAUUACCCUUUAAUAAGACUGAAGACCCGUGGGUAGCGGCACAGACGUUCAUUCAUAAACAUGACCUACCUCAAGUAUAUUUAGAGAAAGUAGCCAAUUUUAUAAUUACAAAUGCUAAAUUGGAGUCUGCACCUGCUUCUAGCAAUGGCAGCUUCGCAGACCCGUUCACGGGGGAGUCCCGCUACGUGCCGGGUGCGGGGGGGCCCGGGCGCGUGGCAGGCGCGGGGGGCCCCGGGGGCGCGGGGGGCGCCGCCGACCCUUUCACCGGCGCCGGCGCCUACACCACCGCGCACGCCGCCCCCGCGGAGAAACCUUUAGUGCCUCACGAUUCUUAUAUUAGAUUCGAUCAAGCAAAUUUAAAAGCAAUAUAUGAUAAGCUCAAAGAAUUUAACAGCAAAGUUGGAGAUGGUCUGAGUGCCUUCACUGAUGAACAGUUAGAAAAUAUAGUUAAAUUAGGUGAAAUGAAUACAACAUUCAAUCCUGAAACAGUGACAUUACUCAAAAAAAUGCUAGAGUGGCCAAAAGAGAUACUGUUCCCAGUGCUAGAUGUAACUAGAUUAGCAGUUAGAAAAAAAGAAAUCAAUGGUCAAAUAUUUGACACAAAUUAUGGGCCAAAUUUUGUUAAAUAUCUCCUUACAUUACUGACUCCUGACAAUCUGCCAGCGAACCAAAUGCUAGCAAUGCGGGUGUUAGUGAACGCGUUCAGCGACUUGCCCGGAGAGAUGCUAGUUCUAGCCGCGAGGGAGAGCGUCAUACACGCGCUCAUCUGUCUCUCUCACCUCAACAACAAUGCGCAGAUUGCUGCAGCAUCUCUACUUUUGAACUUAUCAGUAGCACUCGCACAACAGACAGAUAACAUGGAACUUGCCGAAUGCAUUAUAAGUUUGUUGAACAAGGUCACAGACAAUGAAGCUCACUUCAGGGGUUUGGUAGCGCUCGGUACAAUAUUAGCGGAAUCACCAAACAAGCUGGUAAUACAAACUAAAAUAGUCUCUAACACCCAGUUACAUAACAAACUAAAGAACAAUUGUUCUAACAUAGUCCCUAACUUCAAGAAAAUAUCUGUAUGCUCCCAACAAAUACUAAGACUGUUA